UUCUAAAUUGUACUUGAGUUGACAAUGAUUAAUUAUUUAUGUUUAUUUUGCAAAAACUAAUUAAAGUUUUUCCAACUGUUUGAUGGAGACUAAAUUCUGUGGCUGUUCAUUUGAACUCGUUAUUUCAAAAAGGCCUUGAGCUUUACAUGUAUUCUCUUAUCAAAGAAAGUUUUAUUUUAAUCUUUAAAACCAGUAGGGCUUGUUUUAUCAGAGUAAGGGAGUACAAGCUCAUGAGUGACAUACUUUAGCUAUAUGAUUGAUAACUCAAGGAAUGGAUAUGUAAUUACAUGUACAUUUCAUGUCAUCUUCACUUAGUGAGUAAAACUACUGUCAAAUACAUUACAAACAUUCUUAACUGAAAAUCAAAUUGACCAAUUUGAGAAUGAGGUCAAUAACCUGACAAUAUCAAUUUAACUUGAUAAGUGAACAUCAGAGGAAAUACUUUAAGGAUCACCUGAUCAACACAACAUACAAUGGAUCGAUCUAAUAAAUAUCAUUCAAAUAAAAAAGUGGAAUUACGUGCUCUCAACUUCAAUGAACAGCCCAUUGUAAACGAUUCUGGGCGAAAUACUAUGGAGACGCCGGAUGUCACAGUUGUGUCUCCCACUGAUGAUCCAAAUCACAUCAGUAAAGCAAGGGGAUAUGUUAUAGUUCUAAUUCUUUUCUUGAUAAACUUGCUGAACUACAUGGAUCGUUUCACAAUUGCAGGAGUUUUAAAAGACAUACAGUUGUUCUAUGGAAUAAGCAAUUCAGAAGAUGGCCUGUUGCAAACCUCUUUUAUAUCCUUUUACAUGAUUUUCUCACCUAUAUUUGGUUACCUGGGGGACAGAUUUGUUCGUAAAUACAUUAUGGCUGGCGGAAUACUUUUCUGGGCACUUGUCACAUUUGGUGGCAGCUUUGUUCCAAGUAAGCAUUUCUGGGGAUUCAUCAUAAUGCGAGGGAUGGUGGGUGUUGGAGAGGCCAGUUAUUCGACAAUUGCUCCCACUAUUAUUGCAGAUCUGUUCAGCGGCGGAAUGAGGACAAGGGCCCUCAUGAUUUUCUAUUUUGCUAUACCAGUUGGCAGUGGUCUAGGCUAUAUAGUUGGAUCGAACGUGGCAGAAGCCUUUCAUGCAUGGCAGUAUGCACUAAGGGUGACACCAAUCCUGGGGGUCAUCAGCGUGGUGUUGAUAAUGGUGUUUCUCAAGGAGCCCGUACGUGGUGGCUCAGAUGGUGCCCACGGGCUCAAAAAUACGAGUUUCCUAACUGAUCUCAAGGCCAUCUUGACAAACAAGAGCUUCAUGCUGUCCUCUCUGGGGUUCACAUGCGUUGCCUUCACGACUGGGGCCCUGGCCCUGUGGGGCCCUAUCUUCAUGCAGGACGCCAGCACUGUUGUGGGAAACCCAACCAAGGCUUCAACAGUGGCUCUAAUAUUUGGAGGCAUCACCGUGGUAGCUGGGUUCAUAGGAGUGGCUUUAGGGGCCGAGUCUUCACGACGAUACAAGCUGAUCAAUCCAAGAGCUGAUCCCCUCAUCUGCGCAUUUGGUCUUCUCAUUUGCACACCUUUCCUCUUCUUUGCGCUUGUAUUGUCAGGAACACAGCCAGCCGUUACAUGGGUGCUUAUUUUCCUUGGUGAGGUGGCUUUAUGCUUAAAUUGGGCUAUAAUUGCUGACAUUUUGUUGUAUGUAGUCAUACCAACCCGUCGGUCAGCUGCUGAGGCCGUACAGAUCUUGAUGUCCCACUUGCUGGGAGAUGCUGGCAGCCCCUUUCUUAUUGGAGUGAUUGCUGAUGCGAGUGCUAAGCGAUACGAUGGUGGGAAUGAUAACCCUGCCAUCCAGUUUGUCACACUGCAGGAGUCUCUCUACAUAACAACAUUUAUUUGCGUGCUUGGGGGCGCUUUCUUUCUUGCAUGUGCUCUCUUUAUUGUGCAAGACAAAACGGCUGCGGAGCAAGCCACAAAAGGCAUACGAGUGAAGGCUGAUGAUGAAACAUCUGACGAUGAACCCAUUGAUAUUGGAGACCGCGUAAUCAGUGACGCACAACCUAUUGUCUAGUAUGCAAACUCACUAGCAUGGAAAUAUGAAAUAACGCUCACUGACUGGGGAGGACAAUGCGGCCUAUGAGGACUUUGUGAACUCCUCAUCUGCUGGGCUGAAUCAGGACAAGCGAUGAAAUACUAGCAAACAUCAGGAUAUGUUGUCAUUGUUGUGGCUGUAUUUGAAGGAAAUGUUAAUAACAGGCAUCAAAUCUUGACAUUUGAUUCGUAUUGGAAAUAUGAUAACAAUUCUGAUGAUAUUUGUACUCAAUAAGGUACUUGAUAUCAGAUAUUGUUUAUUGAAAACCAGUUAUUGGAUCUUUUUGCAAAAGUGCUGUUGACCCCCCUGUGUUUUAUUUGAUGAUAUUUAUUGUUGAGCUGCAGAGGCAUUAUAUUAAUAAAAAGUAAAACAUUUAUACAAAUAAAUAAUAAUUGAUACUAAAUAAUUCAAAUUACCAUUUUGGCGUGCUGUCACAUAUAAGGAUGUUCCAACUCUUGUUCCUCUCGUAUGUCAUUGACAUUUUUAUCAUUUUACUUAUAAGUAUUUGUUAAUGAUUUUGGAUGGCUGCCACUCACAUAAUGACUUUUUGAUUUUUUGUUAAAUUUACUAUUUUUAAUGGAAUUAUUGUUUCAUUGUUCAUUUCAUAAUGUGUUCAUCACUUUUAUUAAUUAUUAUAAAGUUACAUUGAGUAUUGCCUCAUAUGUUCAUUUGCAUGGAGCAAUUAUACUUUGAUCAUGCAUCAGAACAAUAAUGCGUUUGAACUUUGUACACUGGACAUUUAAGUGAUACAUUUGAGCUGUGCUCUGCGAAAAGGGGUUUAAUGCAUGUGCGUAAAGUGUAGUCCCAGAUAAGCCUGUGCUGUCCGCACAGGCUAAUCAGGGACAACAAUUUUCAAAUAUAUGAUAUUUUUUGUUUCAAGAAAGUCUCUGCCCAGCUAAAAUCCUGUUUUCACGUAAAGUGUUGUCCCUAAUUUGCCUGUGCAGACUGCACAGGCUUAUCUGGGACAACACUUUACGCUCAUGCAUCAAACCCCUUUUUCUUAAAAAUAAACAGGACACUUAAAAUUAAAGAAUGAAAAACAAUAUUUAUAUGUGCCCUCUUAUUAAUGUAUUCCUACUUUGAUCUUAUUGUGAUAUAUUUGAGACGUUUUGCAGUUAGCACAGGCUAUUCAAGGACAGCACUUUAAGCAUAGACUAGAAUUGCAUUUAAAAGAAACUUUCUUUAAACAACAAAAAUUGUUUAAAGCCUUGAUAAACUUGUAGGGACUGCACAGGCUAAUCAGGGAUGACACCACACAUUUGCUUAGAGUGUGGCUCACUUAUUGGAUUUAAGUGUUUUCCAGUGGAAACCUAUUAAUAGAAAAAUGUGUUGCAUUUAAUAAUACAAGUUGUUCCAAACUAGUUCACAGCUGUAUAGCUUUAUAAGGCUGUAAUUUUAAAGCACAUGUCUGUUGAAAGACUGUAAAUGUACACUUGAAUAUUCAUUACAAAUGUUUAUUCUGUAGAGAAAUUUUACACAUUAUACAGUAACCUUAUCAUGCAAGAUGGUCCAUAGUUUCUGCUUUUUACUUAUUUGGUUAAUAUGUAACAAAACUUAUAUUAUGAUCAAACUUGCAUUUACGGACAGAACUACAACUGGUAAUAUAAACUUGGCUGUCUUUAAACCUUGCUUAAAAGAGCAAACACACGCACAUUUAAUUGCAUCAUUUUCUUUAGUUCUAUGUCUUAGCUUAUUUUUUGAUAUGACAAAAAAAAAUACAAAAGAUAAAAAUUAUGACAUAUUUAUAGACAUUUUUCUGCUGUCUGCCUUGCGCACUGGUUUGUACACUCAAUGAUUACCAAGGCUACCCAGGUUCAAUUCCCAUUCCCGGCUGCAUGUGAGUUUGGUUGGUGGUCACCACACAGGUGGGUAUUCCUCAGGGUACUUCCGCAUCCUCCCACAACACAUAACCUUUCAGUAACAACCAAAUAGCUGGAAAUUGCAACGAUAAUUCAAAUAAUUGUGCUAACUUUUGUGAGUCUAGUAAGCUUAUUAGGAAGGAGAGCUGGGGCACAAUCCGGGUCUGCACAUAAUGUUUACUCUGGCUUGGAAAGGACCUCAUCAACUUCGAAAUACACACUCAUUUGUAUUGAACAAUUUGCUUAUUUGCGUAGUACUCUUUUAUGUAGAGUAGAUCAUCACAUAAUCUUUUGAAUGCAUAUGAUGAUAAGGAUCCUUAUAAUAAUAAUGAUGAUGAAGAUCAUAAUGUUUCUAUUUGUAAUUUGUAUAUAUCUGUUAUUCUAACAUUAUGCGAUGCACUGGAAUGCUGGUGUUGACAAAUUUCAGGAUUUGUGUCUCUUUAAAAUGUAUGUCUUGUUUUUGGAUUCAAAUGUUUAACUAUCAAAAUUAUGUGUGAAUAAAUUCUGUGUUAUGAAAGAACACAUAUUUAAAGAGUAAAA